UGCGCGCAGAAAGCCGUCGCGUUGCGCUCUGGAUGUGUCACAGGCGGUUGGGUAGGGCCGGGCGCACCUCCCCGUCCCGAUGGAGGAGGCUCGUCGUGCGCGGCUUCCUCUCUCUCACUGGCCUGGGGAGUCCCAGGCCUCACCCGGAGCAGGCCGGGGGGAGUUAAAAAGAAGAGACUGACAUGGUUGAAAACUCUCCAGCCCCAUUGCCUGAAAGAGCAAUAUAUGGGUUUGUUCUUUUCUUAGGUUCCCAGUUUGGCUUUAGUAAGUAUGUUUGCAUUCUGAGCAAAGUGUUACAUGUAUUUGUUGUAUUAAAAGGCAGAAAUGAAUACUGUACAGUCAUGCUUCUAGUAAGAUUAACUCUGUGUUAAUACUUCUCAUGUAAUAAAAAUUAUAUUAGUUGUGAAGAAGGACUAAACUAGGGGGAAGGAUAGCUCAGUGGUUUAUGAAUUGGCCUGCUAAACCCAGGGUCAUGAGUUCAAUCCUUGAGGGGGCCAUUUAGGGAUCUAGGGCAGAAAUUGGGGAUUGGUCCUGCUUUGAGCAGGGGGUUGGACUAGAUGACCUCCUGAGGUCCCUUCCAACCCUGAUAUUCUAUGAUUCUAUUAUUUGCAGCGUUGGGCCCAGGAUAUUAGAGAGACAAGAUGGGUGAGGUAAUAUCUUUUAUUGGACCACCUUCUGUUGGUGAGAGAGAAGCAUUAGAGCCCGUGUAAGCUCAGAAGCUUGUUUUCUCACCAACAGAAGUUGGUCCAAUAAAAGUUAUUACCUCCCAAGCUUGUCUCUCUGAACUGUUGUUAAAAUCAUUUUGCAACUUUGUGGGAUAAUCCAAGUCUUGUCAGUUCUCCCUUGUAUUAUCCUUUUGGAUUUUGUUCUCCCUGAUACUGCUGCUCGUCGCCAUGUAGCCAAGUGUGCUGUGGGAACAACUAUAUUUCAGGGAGUUAGUUGAAAAUCUUUCCAGUAGGCUGAGUGUACAGCAUAUCAUGUGUACACAGUUGGCACUUUGUGACCUGUGUAGAAGUUAAAGGUGCAAAUACAAAUUCUGAAGAUGUGGACUGAUACUCAAAGAUGAAGGCUGACAAGAAUCACAUCAGUUUCACUGUGCUGCUGCUUUCAGCAAUGAUGCGCCACAACAGAGGAAGGUGCUGGAGAUACUCAUUGGUGUUAUACCUUGUAUGGGCGUAUGUUCCUGAAUCUUGGUUAUUCUCAUUGGGACUAACAUACUGGCCUCAAAAGUACUGGGCAGUUGCUUUGCCUGUAUACCUUCUAGUUACUUUAGGAAUUGGCUAUAUACUACUCUUUGGUAUUAACAUGAUGAGUACUGCUCCGCUCAACUCCAUGCACACCAUUACAGAUAACUUUGCAAAAAAUCAGCAGCAGAAGAAAUCUCAAGAAGAAGCAAUCCCUGCAUUGAGGGAUAUUCCCAUUAGUGAAGUAAAUCAAAUGUUUUUUCUUGCUGACAAAGGCAUUUGUAACAGAAAUUAAUUGGAAUCAGGACCUGUUAGAAUAAGACACUCGUACAAUAAUUUUUAGAAACGCAUUGUAAGAAAAGUCAAAGGCUUGUCAAUGCUAGGAAAUUUAACACUUUCAACAACUGGAAUAGAUGGAUUUGUACCUAAAUUAAGCUGUGGUCAGCACUGGUUCACCUGUGGCAUAGAGCACUGAACUGGGACUCAGAAGAUAUGGGCUGUAUUCUCAGCUCUACUGCUAGCCUGCUGGGUGACCUUGAGCAAGUCACUUCACCACUCUGUGCUUUGGUUUCCCCAUCUGUACUAUGUAUAUGAUACUGACGUUUAUAAAAUGCUUUAAGAUCUACUGAUGAAAAGUGUUAUUUAAGAGCUAUGUAUUAUUAAACAAAUUGAUGAUUGUUGAAA